UUCAGGAAAGGCUGGCUGACCAACAGUGAGUCCCUGUCCCUACCUAGUUCGGUGGCUGAGUUAUCUUGCCCCAAACCUCAGUUCUCAUGUUGGUAAAAGGAGGAGACUGAGUUUGGAACCCUGCCUUCCCUUCUAGCUCCAACAUUCUACUGUUCCUGUGACUCCCAGGGAGCUGGAUUGAGUGCAAGAGAGAGGACCACUUGUUACUAGGCAACCAGUACCCACCUCACCCAUGUUGCCAUGGUGAUGAUGAAAGUUGGGCUGAUGGGAUUACCAGCUCUUGUUAAUUGCAUAUGAGAGCUCAAGGUCUCUGUCUCUUUCCUGCUUGCUCUCUCCAUCUUACUUUCUUAUUCUUCUGGGAACUGUGGAGAGAUCUCCUUUCCUUCAUCUGCAGUGUCUCUGAGGUAGCCGUUGCACAAUGGAAAGCAACUGGAAAUAGAGCCUGGCUAUGCCUCUGAGAAGCUGUGUGACCUUGGGCAGGUUCCUCAGCGUCUCUGGGCCGCCACUGCCCCAUUUGGGAAAUGAAGGUGUUGGAAUAGUGGUCCCUGUCUAAGGCUCUUCCUGGCUCUCAAAUCCUUUGAAGCCUAGGGAACAUGUCAAGGGAGCAGACCACGCUGUUACUAGGCAACCAGCAGGCACCCUGCCCAAGUUGCCUUGGUGACUGGAUGCUGGAAGGGAGGGGAAUAGCUGCUGCAGCUAAUUGCUUAAUUAUUUAUGAGUGCCUCAAGUCUUUUUGUUGUUUUCAUUGCUAGGGGCUGUGGGGUCACCUUCUCUUCCUUCCUCCUGCCACCCCAAGCCAUCUGAGUGGUGUGCUACGCAGUGGGAGAGCACGUUGGCCUGGACCUCAAGCUACCCACGUUCUAGUCCUGCCUCUCAUUUCCUAGAGCUGUGGCCUCGGAUCCCUCCCUGGUGCCACAGCAGCUGAGUGCGCAUCAAAUCUGAAGAAAAUCUACACAGUACGAACCGUACAGAUAUUCUGGAGUGUGUACAAUAAUAUUCCUCCUGUGACUAGCCUGCCUUUGAGAUGCAGUUAUCAUUUAAUGAGAGGAGAGAGGCGACCACUCUGGGAAGAGGAGAGUAAUGCUAAGGGUGGCGUGUGGAAGAUGAAAGUCCCCAAGGACAGCACGUCCACAGUUUGGAAAGAGUUGCUGUUAGCGACUAUCGGGGAACAGUUCACAGACUGUGCCGCCGCAGAUGAUGAAGUAAUAGGAGUUAGUGUCAGCGUCCGGGACCGAGAAGAUGUCGUCCAAGUCUGGAAUGUAAAUGCCGCAUUAGUCGGUGAAGCCACCGUUUUAGAAAAGAUCUAUGAACUCCUGCCCCACAUAUCUUUUAAAGCAGUAUUUUAUAAACCCCAUGAAGAGCAUCAUGCUUUUGAAGGUGGACGUGGAAAACACUAAUUGCACUCUGUAAAGAAUUCUUUGUCCUUUGCUGAUUGGUUUUGGAAACGGUCUUAACAGGAGGGAGAGUGAAGAGGAGACCUGCCGGAGCCCGAUGCUGGUUCAUUUAGAGUGGGUUUCUGCCCCUGCAGAUUGAGCAAUUAGGACUCAAAGUGGCAGGUGGGGAGGGGGGGAGAUUGUGUGGGUUUUUACUGUCACAUUACUUGCUUUUCUUUCUUUUUAUUUUUGGCUUUAUGAAUUCUCUGUUCUUUUCUCUCCAGUUUUUUUUUUUUCUCUUUUAAAUUCCUCAUUCAGUCUAAUUAUUGUUUUCUAUACUCCCCUUUCAUUGAGGCACAAGAAAUCGGUUUCCCUUUAAGUAGCUGUGCUGUACCUAGUUAAUGAGAAUAUGCAUAAUCGUGACAAUACUGCUUUUGAAAACCACACUGUCCUCCAGGGAACACUAGCUUGGUGAAACCUGUCUUUUGAUUAUUUGUUGUGACACAUUCCUACAUACUCUGCACUGGGCAUUGUUUUUUUUUCUAUCCCAGGGAAAAGAAAAACCUUACUUAAUCUGAUUUUGCACUGACAGCACCCACAUCUUUUAUUUUUCCUUUUUAAUAAUUUUUUUGUUAGAAAUGAAAGGAAAAUAAUAGUUGGGUUGCCAAACAUGAAAACUAUAAUCACAGUUGAGUAUCAGGAUAUAUAUCAAACUGUAAAUCUUUGGACCUUCUGUGGAAGUAUUUUCCAACCAGAAUUUCAAUUUGGCCUUUUCAAAAGAAGGCCUAGAGUGGUAGCAAAGGAUUCGUCUCAGUAGGAAACCUUGUAAUUUCUGAUUUAAAGAGAAGGUGAUAUUUUAAUUGUUUGAACUAACCUUCUUCUGAAUUUUGGGUGUGUGUACCCAUUUAGGGCUCUCCAAAUCAAUUCAGACACAUUUUGUUAAAUGAUCCCAUUUCCCUGUUCAUGUUGUGUGUCGUUUCCAAUAAUCAAUCAUCCUCUAGCCUGGGCAACUUUCCCCUGCCUUUUUCAUUUAGGAGCAGAAGUUAAAUCUCAUUUCCAAGAUGAAUGUGAACAUUCACAAAGUUGAACUCUGAAUGCGUUUUGUUCACAUUAAUUUUUGGAAUUGUUGAGAUACAUCGUAUUAUGUUACCAAAUAAAUACAUUUUAAUAGAAGGAAAUGACCACCCUCUGGAACACUCAGAAUGUUCCCAUUUCCCUCCCUGCACUCUGCCAGGCCUCCUACUACAUCUGCCUGAAAAAGGCAGGGCCAUUUAGAAAGGCUGCCUCCUGCCAGCUCUUUUUCUGGAGUCAGGGGAGCUAGGGCAUGCUUAUACAUCUCACAGAAGGGCAGUGAACUUCAAAUUUCCUUUCACCCAGGAAUUUUAAUUCCUCUUUUAUUAUUGACCAGCAGAGAGAGGCGGGGCUUCUUCCAACCCCCAACCUGAGUUUGUAAAUAAAAUUCUCCAUUUAAACACUUUAAAGGACUUCAAACAACAUCUCUUUACAAUCAUUAUACCUACCCUUCACUUGCAUUACUAACCACAUCAACCAUAAUAAAAAAAAAUGAUCAUGGCUUUUUUUUAAUGCUUUGUUUCUAAACUUGAGUUUCUCCAGUGAUUUCAAAAUGAGGUAUAAGGAUAUCAGACCCAUUUUCAAAAGCCUGGAACUUGUUCUUUUUAAACAUUGUACCAACAUCCAACUUGUUUUUAAAUUAUUGAUCAAGAAUUGAAAAAAAUUUUCUGGGCAUGAGUUUAAAUUCUCUUUUAUACUCUAAGUAUUUUUUCUGAUAGAUUAGAAGAAAGGAUAUAAUUGACUUAUCUUCUUUAUAAUUGUCAUAUAUAUUUCCUUAAGUAAAUGGAUGAUGCAGUAUUUUUAUUUUUGAACUUUAUUUAAGGCAUUGUGAUGACAUGUUCAAGUUUUGCAUGUAUGUAGCCUUUGAAGAAAAAAAAUAAAGUAAAGGAACAGGAAUGUUAGGCUCCCA